AUGGCACCUCAAAAAACAAUCGUGGAGAUCCCGCGAAGCAUCCUCCCCCGCUUGACGUGGAAUAGCUCUUCGUCACGCCCAGCAGUCACACCCUCACACUGUGCCGCGAUCGCAAAGCGGCCAACAUAUGAUCACUAUUCUCAGGGCCGCUCUUCCUUCUCUCCACAAACUCACAAUGCCGCCGUUGAGCACCAGUACCGGGCCUUUUCAACAGUCAUUCGAAACGCACGGUUCAUUUCUCCAGGUUCCAGCCGAUCUACAGCCCUUGUUCCGACAACUUCGACACCACGGCAAACCGCCACGAGCCCGGUCAGACACAACGGUGUCUAUGUCGCAGCCUUCAAGCCAGCUCAGCGCGCAUUCCAUGCGACUCCAGUCCGGUCUCGAGAGCAUCAUUUUGAUACCCUCCGUUUUGUGAAACGGCUCCAGGCCGAAGGAUUCAGUGAAGAGCAGGCCGUGGCCAUGAUGCGCGUCCUGAACGACAUCAUUCAAGAAUCUAUCCAAAAUUUGACGCGCACCAUGGUUCUUCGUGAAGAUUCGGAACGGUCCAUCUACACACAAAAAGUCGACUUUGCCAAAUUGCGCUCCGAACUUCUCAACGCCGAUUCCACCGAAGCACAGCUGACUCGUUCGUCUCACGAGAAGAUUGCAGCGGAUAUCGCCAAGCUCAAUUCUCGCAUGCGCGACGAGAUUGGUCGCACGCAGGCGUCGGUGCGACUGGAUCUGAACCUUGAAAAGGGCCGAAUUCGGGAAGAGGCCAAUGGCCAGGAGAUGCGAAUCAAGGAGACCGAGACACGGAUCGAGCAAGAAGUUGCUGGUCUGCGGGAGCGAGUCGAGGCUGUCAAGUUCUCAACGCUGCAGUGGCUGAUGGGUGUGUGUACCGGUACCGCUGCGCUUAUUCUUGGUGCUUGGCGUCUUUUCAUGUAA